GCUCUUGAAAAAGUUCUACGUCUUAUGCCCAUCGACCGUGAACUGGCAGACUAUGAAGGCGACGCCACAGUCGUCAAGCCCAACGCCGGGGCCGAGGCCAUUGGCAUGUCGGACUUCCUGAAGACCAUGGACCGGCCUCCUGUGAGCUUCUUGGUGGAUCUAAUCAAACCCAGUGCAGGGCCUACAGAUGAUGCAAGUUCAGCGGAUGAGAGCGAAGCCUUCGAGAAGGGUGGAGGUGAAGUGGGAGCCGGAGAAUCGGGAGGCGCAAGACUUCUGGAUGCACGUUUAGGAGGCGAUACAAACAUUACUAGGCAGCAAAUCACCCUUUCAGUCAUGUUGUGCACUUACUGCCAGAGUAUCGGCUAUGGUACGUCGAUCAUUUGCCAUUCUGACCUGGAUCAAGUCAUUAGGACCUCACUGCCGCCAUCAGAAAAUAUUCUGAAUCCAGAGGAUGAACCGAAAAGUAAACACAAUGCAUCGCAGCACAGGAAACAUCGAAAGGACCUCCUUCGACACCUUGUAGAGACGGUCGUUCAACAGAGUCGUUCGGCCAAGAAGGACGCUGAUCUCAGCCGCGAGUAUAUCGCGAUACUUGAAAAUCUGUCAAAGCAAGCAGAGGAUGUGUGUCACUCCGUGAUCUGCUCGGGUGGCCUUGAGAGUCUAAUCUAUGCAUGCCGUUCAGAGGAUCCGGAGACCCUGAAACACGCCGUUUUUGCGUUGGCUAACUUGACAAUUCAUGGUGGCGAAGCCAGCCAGAUCCAGCUGGUUAAACAGCACGCUGUAGAAUGGCUACUUCCCAUCGCCCUGCCCAACGACGAACACCUACGUUAUUACGCCUUCCUGACUCUAUUGCUUCUACUAGUCAACAAAGACCUGAUGCCCACGGUGGCAAACUCUGAUCUGCUAAAGCUAUUCGUCCCUUUUGUCAACUCGCAUGAUCCAGUGGAGUUUACGAAAGAAUCACAGUUGGAUCCAAUUAUUUUCUCACCCGAGUGGAUGUCACGUCUGCUACCCGCACUGACGGUUGGCCGACGCGAAGCGCAGGCCCUAGCAGCUUUUCAUGUCGUCGCAGCAAUCACCGCGAUGGAUAACUCCCUUCAAAAGUUCUGUCCGGACACUGAAGAGCAAAGGCAGCUCUCUCAAACUCUUCAAGAACUCGCUGAAACCGAAAACUUACCGACAUCUAAUCUAGUCACUCAGGCACUCCAGCUGCUCGGGAUGCCCAUCCCAAAGUGCCUUUCUAUGCAGGUGUACCAAUGGUCGGUAGAAGACGUCGUCUGUUGGAUGAGCCGCGAAAAUGUUGUUUGGUUUUGUUCCAAGGAAAUAAAGCAAGACAGUAUACAUAUUUCAUAG